UUCAGCGAGGAGGGAUCUCUGCUUUACUGAGAGAAUCAUCAUGGCAGUAGAUGUCCCUGGACUCGUCUCUGUGAUUGUUUUUUAUGUUUGCAUCCUGGCAAUUGGAGUUUGGGGGUCUCGAAAAUCCAAGAAAGUGGAGAAGAAGUGCUCCGGCUCAAAGAGUGAAGUUGCCAUCGUUGGUGGCCGCAACAUCAACAUCCUGGUUGGAAUUUUCACCAUGACAGCAACAUGGGUUGGUGGUGGUUACAUUAUGGGAACUGCUGAGUCUGUUUAUUCUCCUUCUCAAGGUCUUGUCUGGGCUCUGGGCCCCCCUGCAUAUGUCUUGUGUUUUUUUGUGGCUGGAUUGUUUUUUGCAAAACCUAUGAGGUCAAAGCGUUAUGUGACAAUGUUGGACCCAUUUCAGAAUCGCUAUGGCAAAGUAUUCACUGCAAUACUCCUGCUUCCUGCUUUGGUCAGCGACAUAUUAUGGGUGGCCUGUAUCCUUGCUGCUCUUGGUGGAACAGUGAGCAUAAUUCUUGGGUUGUCUUCUACCAUCUCCAUCAUCAUCUCAGCAGCUGUCUCCAUUGUCUACACAUUAUUAGGGGGUCUCUACUCAGUUGCAUACACUGAUAUCAUUCAGCUUUGCUUUAUUUUUGUCAGCUUGUGGCUUUGUGUUCCUUUUAUGGUUCUUAGUCCAGCAGUUACUGUCAUCUCACAUACACUCCCACUCAACCAAACACAUGAACAUGCAUGGUUGGGAAACCUGGACAUGGAAGUUGCAGGAAAGUGGGUUGAUGACAUGCUUCUUAUGGCUUUAGGGGGACUGUCUUAUCAAGCUCUAUAUCAAAGAAUUCUUUCAGCAGCCUCUUCUGUUCAGGCUCAGAUAUGCUGCUUUGCUGCGGCUUUGACAGUUUUUAUUAUGGGAAUCCCCUCAGUUGUCAUUGGAGUGAUGGCUUCUGCUGCAGACUGGAACCAGACUGCAUACGGUCUUCCCCCUCCUUUUGAGCGUGGAGAUGCAGGGAAGAUCUUGCCUCUCGCUCUGCAACAUCUCACACCCACCUGGGUGGCAGUGCUCGGCAUUGGUUCUAUAGCUGCAGCUGUUAUGUCCUCCAUGGACUCGGCGCUGCUAUCCUCUGCGUCCAUGUUUACACAAAACAUAUACAAGACGACUUUGAGGAAAACGGCCUCAGAGAGGGAGCUCCAGUGGGUAAUCCGUAUUGGGGUUCUGGUCGUGGGCCUGGCUGGAACAGGUCUGGCUUUUGGAGAUGACAGUGUGGCCGCUCUCUGGUUUUUAAGUGGAGAUCUGCUCUACUGUGUGAUUUUCCCACAGCUGCUUUGUGUUCUCCACUUCCAACGUGCAAACACUUAUGGUGCUUUUUCUGGUUUCGUGGUGGGUUUGUUGCUGCGUGGACUGAGCGGGGAGCCCACACUUGGGAUCCCUCCUGUUCUCCUGUACCCUGGUUGGAGGGAGGAGGAUAAUGUGAUCAGACAGUACUUUCCUUACAGAACUAUUGCCAUGUUGUUUUCUGUGGUAAGUAUUCUAGCAGUUUCAUGUCUGCUGAACCUGGUUUUUGAGCAUGAACUUAUCCCGCAGUCCUGGGAUUUUCUGGAGGUUUUUAAAAAAAAGAAUGAGAUAGAGGAGGAUGAAGAACCUGACUCUAGUGAGGAAAUGAACCAAGUUCUCCAUACUAAAUUCUAAGCUAAACUUCAAACCUAAAGAAUAAGUCAAAGCACACACAAUUUUUGACCAGAAGUUGUUUUUGUGAUUUAUCUAGGGAACUAAACCACUAUUUUUUUUAAGCAAAAAUGGUAUCCCAAAAAAAAAAACAUUGUAUUAUUUGGUGUUCAACAUAUUGGCUCUUUCAAAGUAAGGGAUCUCCACUGAAAGACCAUCAGGAUUUAAGUAAAUAUUUUAUUAGAUUUUACUAGUUUAACUGAAUCCAAAACAUACAGUCUAAGUAGAUGAAAUGUCUUUGUGUUAAAGUAUAAUAAACAUGUUUCCUAAAAAGUUUAUAUUCUUGAAAUUUCGGUUUGUUGAUAUUUUUCUUGAUACAUUUGCAUUUGUUACAAUGUAAUUACAAAAUCACAGAUUUUUUUUUGAAACAAUAAUGCAAUAACGAUAUUGGUAAAACUAAUGGCAAGAAAAAGAACAGUGUGUGAACUGCAUUUUCAAAUUGAAAGGUUUAUUUUUUUUCUCCAUUUAAAGCAAGGUUUUGUUUUUACUUGCAAAAGAAAAGUUCAAAGGUUUGUGUUUUUCAAUUUCUUAUUUUCCACUUUAUCAGUUAUAGUUUUCAUAACCUAAAGAUAAUAAAAGUAAUAUGCUUAUAAUUAUACAUUCAUAUUUUAUUAUACCAAUGUUCAACUGCAUAUUCAGCCAUUGUUAAUUGUACUUUGCUUUCUAAACAUUUUUAAAGGUU